AUCACACAAUCACAAACCAUCUCUCUCUCUCUCUCUCUCUCUCUGUGCAAAAAUGGGGAUUUCUAGUAAUGGGUUGAGUUUGCUUUUGUUGGUGGGAUUAGUUUUCAGCUCUUUAAUGGUAGCAACUUAUGCUGGAAACUUUUAUCAAGAUUUUGACCUAACAUGGGGAGGUAACCGACCCAAAAUAUUCAAGGGAGGCCAACUUCUGUCUCUAUCCUUGGACAAAGUUUCUGGCUCUGGGUUUCAGUCCAAGAAAGAGUACCUAUUUGGGAGGAUUGAUAUGCAGCUUAAGCUUGUUCCUGGCAACUCUGCUGGCACCGUCACUGCAUAUUACUUGUCCUCUCAAGGCCCUACCCACGACGAAAUCGACUUCGAGUUCUUGGGAAAUCUCAGUGGCGAUCCUUACGUUUUGCACACCAAUGUUUUCACUCAGGGCAAGGGAAACAGAGAGCAACAAUUCUAUCUCUGGUUUAAUCCCUCAAGAAACUUUCACACCUACUCCGUCAUCUGGAAACCCCAACAUAUAAUCUUCUUGGUUGACAACAUUCCCAUUAGAGUAUUCAACAACGCCGAAUCAGUUGGUGUCCCAUUCCCUAAGAGCCAACCCAUGAGGAUUUACUCAAGCCUCUGGAACGCCGACGACUGGGCCACCAGAGGAGGCUUGGUCAAAACGGACUGGUCAAAGGCGCCGUUUACAGCAUACUACAGGAAUUUUAAUGUCAUAGAAUCGAAAACAUCCAACUCCUUCGCUGAGUGGCAUACCAAUGCGCUUGAUGCUCCCAGCAGAAGACGUCUCAGAUGGGUUCAGAAAUAUUUCAUGAUUUACAACUAUUGCACCGACUUAAAACGCUUCCCACAAGGCCCUCCAGUUGAGUGCAGACAUUGAAGGGGAUUAUUUUAUAUGUAAAAUAUUGAUGUUAAAUAAUAAAAGAAAUCUUUUCUUUCUUUCUUUGUGAGAUUUUGGUGAUGUUUUAAGAUCUGUUUCAUAUAAUAAAAUUUCAUUUUGGGCUCUUGUAA